GGCUGCACUUCCGUAGCCUGCUGGCGGCUAAGCCAGCUAGCUGCUGUCAGUCCGUCGGUGGCUGCUUCCUUCCGGGGACGCGGGUCCAAUGAACGCCGCCUAAAUGCUGCCUUGACGACGCGGAAGCAGCCUGAGUCGACGAGGUCGGAGUGCGUGUCGAAAUGGAGACGGACGGGAGUUGAAAAAAAGACCAAAAAAAGUGUGCGUUUAUUCGAAGCUAACCUGCUAGCCGCGGCUAAGCCCCCCUCCUCCCCCUCACCCCCCUCCCCUCCCCCGGCCAGCCAGUUGACGGCAGCCCGCUCAGUGCGUCUCCUCUCCUGGCCGCCGGAGACCCCCGAACAUGAAGAAGUUCAACAUCCGCAAGGUGCUGGACGGACUGACGGCGGUGUCCUCGUCGUCGUCGACGGCCGCCCAGACGGGGGCCUGCAAGGAGAGCGACGCCGUGCUGGAGAGUCUGCAGUCGGAGCAUUUCCAGCUCUGCAAGACCGUACGUCAUGGUUUCCCGCAUCAGCCGUCCGCCAUGGCCUUUGACCCAGUGCAGAAAAUCUUGGCCGUCGGGACCCUGACUGGAGCAUUGAGGCUCUUUGGCCGAGCGGGUGUGGAGUGUUACUGUCAACACGAGAGCGGCGCCGCUGUCAUCCAGCUCCAGUUCCUUAUCAACGAGGGGGCGCUAGUGAGUGUCUUGGCUGAUGACAGCAUCCACCUGUGGAACCUGAGGCAAAAGAUCCCUGCCAUCCUGCAUUCCCUCAAGUUCAACAGGGAGAGAGUCACCUACUGCCACCUGCCCUUCCAGAGCAAAUGGCUUUACAUCGGCACAGAAAGAGGAAACAUCCACAUCGUCAACGUGGAGUGCUUCACCCUCUCAGGCUACGUCAUCAUGUGGAACAAAGCCAUCGAACUAUCCACCAAGACACACCCAGGGCCGGUAGUGCACAUCAGUGAUAACCCCAUGGAUGAAGGCAAGCUCCUGAUUGGAUUUGAGUGUGGAGUGGUGGUGUUGUGGGACUUAAAAUCCAAAAAGGCUGACUACCGCUACAAUUACGAUGAGGCCAUCCACUCGGUCGCCUGGCACCACGAAGGCAAACAGUUUGUCUGCAGCCACUCGGAUGGCACUCUGACCACAUGGAAUGUACGCGCCCCCGCCAAGCCUGCACAGAUCAUCACGCCGCAUGGAAAGCAGCCCAAGGAUGGCAAGAAGCCAGAGCCAUGCAAGCCUAUCCUGAAGGUGGAGUACAAAACAACGAGAGCUGGGGACCCAUUCAUGGUUCUGUCUGGAGGACUGUCCUACGACACGGUGGGGAGGAGAGCCUGUCUGACCGUGAUGCACGGCAAGAGCACCGCCGUACUCGAGAUGGACUUCCCAAUCGUGGACUUCCUCACGCUGUGUGAAACGCCAUAUCCUAACGACUUCCAGGAGCCUUACGCAGUGGUGGUCCUCCUCGAGAGGGAUUUAGUCGUCAUCGACCUCGGACAGAUUGGCUACCCGAUAUUUGAGAACCCGUAUCCCCUAACCAUCCACGAGUCCCCGGUGACCUGCUGUGAGUACUUUGCCGACUGCCCCGACGAACUUAUUCCUGCACUUUACUCCGUUGGCAGCCGGCAAAAGAGACAAGGUUACAGCAAGAAGGAGUGGCCAAUCAGCGGGGGGACCUGGGGUCAAGGCACACAAAGUUACCCAGAGAUUAUCAUCACAGGACAUGCUGAUGGCUCCAUUAAGUUUUGGGACGCUUCUGCACUGAUGCUGCAAGUGCUGUACAAGCUGAAGAGCGCCAAGGUGUUUGAGCGGGCACGCUGCAAGGAGGAGAAGGCCAACACGGAGAUGAUGGAGGAGGACCCCUUUGCCAUCCAGACCCUGUGCUGGUGCCCCGAGAGCAGGAUGCUGUGCGUGGCCGGCGUGUCCGCCCACGUCAUCGUCUACAGAUUCAGCAAACAAGAGGUCACCAGCGCUGAGGUGCAGCUCUUGGAGGUGCGUCUGCGGUGCGAGCUGAACGACGCGGACUCGCCCGACCCCGCAGGAGAGCAGACCCCCACGGCGUCCCCGCCCAGCCCCCAGGAGACGGAGCCCACCACGCAGCCCUCCACUGGCAGCAACUCCUCGGAGGCAGCGCGGGACAACAUGCCGGGCCUGCAGGUGCGCAGCUCCGCCCUGAAGCAGUCUCCGGGGUACCAGGUGGAGCUGGUCAUCCAGCUGCUGUGGGUGAGCGGGGAGCCUCCUCAGCAGAUCACCAGCUUGGCCAUGAACUCCUCGUACGGACUGGUGGUGUUCGGGAACAGUAGCGGUCUGGCGGUGGUGGACUACCUCCAGAAGACCUUGCUCCUCAACAUGGGCACGUCCGAGCUCUACAGCCCCUCUGAGCCCUACCAGAGGCAGCCCCACUCCCCACGUAAAACCCGGCAGCCCUCUGGAGCGCUGUGCGACCCCACCGACGGUUCGAACGCCCCCGAGGAGCGCUGCAAGUCGCCGACCUCAGGAUCGCCCUCGCCCUGCAAUUCGGAGGACGAGCGCAAGCCCAAGUUCCUAGACAAGGUCAAGUACAACAGCAGGCGCUUUUCCAAGACGGUUGCCAAUGACUUUGCUAGGAUGUCACGGAAAAUUAGCUCAUCUAACGAGCAAAAGCCAAACACGGCCAUGGGACAUGUUGAAAGCGCGUCUGUGUCGAACUUGCGAGCAAAGUGCCAUUCCCUGCCGUGUCGGAAUCGCGUUAAUCACAGCGACGACGGCAUGAAGAUGAGCAGGAAGAGCGUCAAGCUGGUCUUCCCUAGAACCAGCUCAGACACCGACUUCAACUCCAAGGACAACUGCUUCAUUCGCUCACGUAGUUCCAGCGUCAGCAGCAUCGACAGAGAAUCCCGAGAUGCCGUCUCUUCCUUCUGCUUCUGCGAGACCUUCCCCAGGAAGUCAGACAGCCCGCUCAGCCCCUGCGUGCUGGUGGGCACCACCCAGGGCACGGUCAUGAUGGUGGCCCUCAGCCUGCCCCCCGGCGGGGAGGACCAGAGGCUCCUGCAGCCCGUCGGCGUCUCCCCCUGCGGCACCGUGGCCAAACUCAAAGGGGCCGUCUUGACCAUGGCGCUGCUGGACGCCACAGGAGCCCUGCUGCCCACCCCCUACGAGUCCUGGUACGACCCCAACGCCUCGGACGAGGAGAAGGAGAAGAGCAAGCGGCGGAGGCCGGCCUCCCCGCCCUCGUCGCAGGAGGGCCAGGACUGCCAGUUUGCCGUCUUGUGCUCGGAGAAGCAGGCCAAGGUGGUGGCCAUGCCCUCGCAAACGCGCGUCCACAAACACAACAUCACCGAGUCCUCCUUCGUGCUGAGGGCCGACGUGGUGCAGAUGGCCGGCGCCAACUGCAUCGCCUGCUUCUGCGCCAACGGUCACAUCAUGACGCUCAGCUUGCCCAGUCUGCGGCCUCUCUUGGACGUUAACUACCUGUCGCUGACCGACAUGCGGAUUGCCAGGACCUUCUGCUUCUCCAAUCUGGGCCAAGCCCUCUACCUCACCUCCCCCACGGAGGUCCAGAGGAUCACCUACAGCCUGGACACCUGCGACAACCUGCAGGAGAUGCUGAGUGAGUUGUUCACACCUGUGGAAACACCUGAAGCCCCCAACAGAGGUUUCUUCAAAGGCCUCUUUGGUGGAGGAGCUCAGUCUCUGGACCGGGAGGACCUCUUCGGCGAAACCACCGCCGGGAAGGCGUCCCGCAGCCUGGCCCAGCACAUCCCCGGCCCGGGCGGCAUGGAGGGCAUGAAGGGGGCGGCGUCUGGCGUCGUCGGGGACCUGGCCCGAGCCCGGAUAGCUCUGGACGAGCGAGGUCAGAAACUGGGGGAGUUAGAGGAGAGGACGGCGGCCAUGAUGUCCAGCGCAGACUCCUUCUCCAAACACGCUCACGAUAUGAUGGUGAAGUACAAAGACAAGAAGUGGUACCAGCUCUGAUGGCGGCAUGUGGUGCAGCACUGUGGACUCUGAGGACCAAACAUGUGAGAAGGUGUGCUCACAUCUCCAUCUGCACGUCUGCAUCCAACAAAGAUGACAUCUUUAUGUUGACUCACUUUUCAUUUCAAGAACAUACUGAGUACCUUUAAUGGAGUUAUUAGGAGUUUGUUUUGUUGGCUGGUGCUGGACUGCUCCUUUCAAUCGGUGGUGUUUGUCACAUCAGCCUCUUUUCUCCUUUAAAAGCGUGGCCUCAAACUUUCAACUUUGACCUCACGGGUCUCUUCCUCUCCUUCUUCUUCUUCUUCUUCCUCUCCUUCUUCUUCUCCUUCUUGCACACGGACGACUGCAUGAUGUCACGUGUUCACAAACCUGCGGGUUUUCCUUUCAGAGACAUUUGGUUUGGGGAAAAAACUCAUCCUCAAACCCCCUGCUGUUUACAUCCUGUGUGUGUGUGUGUGUGUGUGUGUGUGUGUGUGUGUGUGUGUGUGGGCGUGGCUUUGCUUGGCUUCCAGCACUGUGUAAAGGGGGAAGGGCCGCCUCAAAAAGAAGCCCCUGCCCCCCCCCCCUCUCACUUGUCAUCCCUCCCAUCAGUCCAUCCGUCUUUCUUUCCGUCCUCCCGUCUUCUCAGAUGAAUACCUGGGGAGUCGCAGUAUUUUUUCAUUUUUGUACAGUUUAUUAAAGAUGAAUUCCCCGUG